AUGUCUUCCACUUUUGACCGAACCUGGAUAUGGCAUCCAGCUUUCCCUGAAAGCCAACCGGACACGGCAGGCUUGCUACAUUUCCGGAGACAGUUCACACUCAGCAUCGAGCCACCCAAGUCGUUGAAGAUUCACAUCUCAGCUGAUACACGAUAUAAGCUAUAUGUCAACCAACAGCUAGUAUCCUUUGGCCCCGUCAAAGGGGAUCAGAGCAUGUGGUUUUAUGACGAGGUGGAUAUCGGUCCGUUCCUGCGGACCGGGGAGAAUCAUGUCGCAGUUCACGUCCUCCGGUUCUUCUACGCAACCCAGUUUGCACCUUCUUUCCCCCGUUUGCCUACUGGUGGUCUGCGCAUCCUCGUGCCCACGGACGAAGGCAAGUAUUCUGAGCUCCUCCGCACAAGCGAGCAAUGGGAGUCGGCUGUCGAUCCCUGCGCCAGCCUGCGCGUCGACGAGCCUGAGGACUUCUUCCUCCAUACCUACGAGUCUCACCGGCGGCAACAUGCCAACAGCCCGCUCACCUGGAAACCCGCCAAGGUCCUGGAAUUCAAAAACUCGACGGGAAACACCCCGCCCUGGCACCUGUCCCCGCGCCUGAUUCCGCCUCACCAGAUUCAACCCGCGUGGUUCACCGAGAUCUACAAUGUACACAGCGAUGUGCCGCUCGAGACAUGGCGCGCCGUGCUCCUGGCUAGACCCUCCGAACAGGCUCGUCGCGCAGGCGUGUGUCUGGCGCCAGGCUCCCGGCAUCAGUUUGAGCUUGAGGUCGCCGCGCACACAACGGCGUUCCUGCGUGUCUGGUUCCUGCGCCCUACCAGCGGCGGCAGCGCCAUCCAGCUCACCUACUCUGAGAGUUACGAGGACGAGCCGGACCUCUACGUCGGAGUGCGGCGCAAGGCACACCGCCGUGACAUGACGAAGCAGCUGUUCGGCCCGCAUGACAGUUACCAGUUGCAGGGGCCGGCCAACGGCCCCGGCCCCGGUUACUUUGUGGAUGAGGAAGAGACAGAGGUGUUCGCUCCGUUCCACUAUCGCACCUUUCGGUUCAUCAAAAUCGACAUCGCCGUUGAGGGUGCGGAGCUGGUCUUCCAGGGGAUAGACGUUGACUCCUGCCACUAUCCGCUGGAUUUGCAGGCACAGAUCAUGGCGGGCCCUGGGGACACCACGGUCGACUCUCUAUGGACGACCAGCCUCCGGACGCUGGUGAACUGCAUGCACGACUGCUACGAGGACUGCCCGUUCUACGAGCAGCUGCAGUACGCCAUGGACACUCGUAGCUCGGCUCUGUUCACCUACUGUGUGUCAGGCGACGACCGGCUGGCGCGCCAGGCGAUCAUCCAGUUGUAUAACUCGUUCCAGCCCCGGCUCGGCCUAACAGCAAGCCGGGCCCCCUCGCACCGCCAGCAAUUCAUCCCGCACUUCUCCUUGUACUGGAUCGGCUUGCUUAGUGAUCACCUGGAAUAUUUUGAUGACCAUGUCUUUCUUUCCCGCUUCCUGGCCGUUGUCGACGCCAUCCUGGCGUCCUUUGCGGCACGGAUCGAUACACACUUCGGGCUAGUGAAAUGGGAUAUUCGACCGGGCAUCUGGAACUACGUCGACUGGACAACCGAAUGGAAGCCGUACAGUUACCCGCCGGUCUGUGAGCGUACGGGUUUCUCCACCUUCACCAACGAGAUCUACGCCUACGCCUUGAGUAUGGCUGCUACCCUCGCUGACGCGCUCCAGCGGCCUGCGGUGGCCGACGAAUACCGCGAAAGGGCCCGGCAUAUUACCGUGGCUGUGCGUAAGCAUUGCUUUGACGGCGAAUUCUUCACCGAUAGCCUGGUCUCAGCCCAGGCCGACGAUGCGUUGACCCCGCGCAGCCAGCACAGCCAGGUCUGGGCCGUGCUCGGCGGCAUAGUCCACGGCGCUGAGGCGCAGGAGCUGCUGCGUAAGAGUAUUCAACAGACUAAAGCGGGGCAUUUCGUUCAAGAAUCGGUCGCUAUGUCCUUCUACACGCUGCGAGCAUUGAGCCUGGCCGGGGGCAGCCUGUACGAAGACCACUUCCACGCGUUCUGGGAGCCGUGGCGCAGCCAGCUUGCCAUGGGCCUCACAACCUGGGUUGAAGAUGGCAAUUCUCAACGAUCAGACUGCCACGCCUGGGGCAGCGCGCCGUUGUACGAGUUCACGGCCGAGGUCGCUGGGGUGCGGCCGGCGGCGGCUGGGUGGAAAGCCAUCCAGGUACGGCCGCGGCUUAAUCUCUACCCCGAGAUGGACGCACGCGUGCCGCUUCGCAUGGUAGACGGGAAGACAAGCGGCAUGGUCCACGUCUCGUGGGUACGGGGAGCCACCACGACAGAUGUACGGGUCUGCAUUAAGGUUGAGAUGAGGCACGCUGCUAGGCCGGUGCCUGUGCAUAUCUACCUUCCUGGCCAAGAAAUCGUCUUGGAAGUCAACGGAUCGGAGGUUUGUUUCUCUACCUAUGUUAUAAAUCCUAUGGCUAGGAAAUGGUAG